CAAUGAGGUCGAGUGAUCGCUCCGUGAUGGAACCACGACGAGGCAACGGCCGGCUCGCGACACGGUAUCGUUUCACGAACCGAAGGUGCAGCGAGGCGAUGGAUACUCCAAUCCUUGGCAGGUAGGGACCGAGGAAGAUGGAUACAUAAUGUACCUACCCCAUCUCGGGCAGCAGCCGGAAUAUGGCAACAAUUGCCUGGGCGGACUUCAAGAGUUACCACAGGCACAGUGUGCAACCAGGCUAGACGGGCGGAAUGACCGCUGCGAGCGAGAGAGGUACAGAUCUGUUGGGAAGAGAGCCUCCUCUUGCUACCCCUCUUUUCAGCUCACAGUUCCUAUUCGGUAUCUACUCUCCACCUCCUAUUCUAUUCAAGCACCACGACGACGAUAACAACGGCAGUCACCCAUCGCAACCGUACGGUACACACGACACUCAACUUCGCUCGCUCGGCUCUCGGUGCGCACCGGAAGACUCCCCUGCGCACCCCUGCCCCCCAGCUGCGCGUGCCGUACGACACCAUCUGCGCAUCCAAAAAAGCUCCCAGCUCCGAGCUCCAAGCUUGAAGCUCCAAGCUUCAGGCGCGUACACCUCCACUGCCUGCUUGGAAUUCACCACCUUCCACUACGGUCUUUGUCCGAACCACCUACGAGUAGUUACUCUACACCGACACCGUAGGCUUACAACAAUCGUUGCCGAUCCUCUACCCGCCCUCCCCGUUCCCCGAGCCGCCUACGCCGACAUCAUGUCCGGUCUCGGAUCCCACGAACCCACCUUCCCCAAUUUUCUCGUACUAGACCGGUCUUCGUUCACAGCGGCACAGCGCACACUCGGCAUAUCGGAAUUGCUAUCACUCGUAGUCGGGCACCUGCGCAACCACCCUGGCAGUCUCGCCAGCUGCGCGCGUGUCAACAGCUACUGGUUCGCGCACACGGUCAAGCUGCUAUGGCGGAAGCUACCACGUGACCCGGAGUCGUUAAUGAACAUAGAGCCGCGGCGAAAAGCGAUGUAUCUAGGCCACGUCGAGGAGGCCUGGUUCCUGUUCAAGCACCCGCGGCUGCCCAGCAAGCGCGGCUUCACCCCUGCCGCUUUCAUCGAGUGCAUGAAGCACCUCCCCGCGCUCCGCAAGCUCAAGAUGAACCUCCGCGUGCAGGAGGUGCUGCGCGAGGCGGCGCACCGCUUCGACGAGCAUGCCGGUGUGGACUACCUACGGCUCAAGCUUUACCCUCCGUAUUCCCGCAUAGUGGCCGACGUCCUAACGCUGGUCCGCCGCCUACCCAGCCUGCGAGUGCUGAUACUCCCGCACAUGCCGGCGAUGUCGCAGGCGGCGCGGAUGCUGACCGAGGCACUGCCCAAUAUGGAGUACUUCGAGUACCACGUCGGCGUCGACGACACGUUCGGCUACGUCGGCUUCACGGGGCUGACGACGGAAGCGCUGCUGGAGGGCUUUGCGGCUAAUGCCCCCGCGCUGCGCUUCUUCAUCUGCAACUACACCGGCCCGCAGACCGAUGGCGUAGACCUGGUACACCUCGUCGCCGCCCGUGUCGUGUUCCCGGAGCUGUUGAGGCUCGACGUACAUAUCGCGCCCACUACGAGUCCGCUCGAGUUGCUGGAGUUGCUUAGAUUGGUGGCGCCGAAGCUGGGCGCUGAUUGCGUGGCAAGGAGGGAGAUAUUGGCGCGCAUUCCUCCUGAGGUCGAGGUCGAGGGAGGGGCUGUCUGAGUGUGUGUGUCUGCGUGCGUGGAGCAGUGUGUGCGAUAGUUGUGCUGGGCUGAAGGGCAUACCCUCUUUCCUAAGUUUCCUUUCUUUCUCAUUAUCAGAGCUUGUGCUUUUCUUGUCGUUCUCUCUACAAUGAGUUAUGACCAGCGUUUGCACUCAUCUGUUUUUUUUGAUUCCCUCGAUCAAUAGCCUUAUGUAUUUCGGUUUUAUACCAAUUGAGCUUUUGGGGCCUAGUGGCCUUGCCAAGUUUUUUUUGGGUUUUAUGUUACAUCACCGUUGCGGCUGGUUCUGCUGGAGGAUGAGAGAGAGAGAAGAGAGAGGGGAGGGAAUAUCAACUGAGUGUCGCAUACGGCAUUGGUUACUAGACUAGACUAUGGCGACUACGAAGUUCAAAG